CGGACUGGGCGGGGCUUCCCGAGGCGGAAGUGGUUGCCAUGGUUACCCGGAAGAGGCGAGGAUUUGAGGCCUAGUCGAGGGAGUCGAAGCCUGCGAAGAAGGGGCGCUCCGUUUCCGCGAAAGGGAGAUGACGCAGGCGCAGAUCCAGCUGUGCUCCCUCCUCCUGCGCGAACACUUUGGGGAGAUCGUGGGGGCCAUUGGGACGCAGCUCAUCCGCAGGGGGGGGCAGCCCUUGGGGGUCCUGGCCCACCAGGCACGCAGGCCCCUCCACCAGGUGCGUAAGGCGCUAUGCGUGCUGAUCCAUCACGGCCUGGUGUCCUUCCAUGCGCCGCGGAGGCGCGGUGCGGCGGUGGAGUACGAGGCCCAUUGCGGGCGCGUCCUGCGCCUCCUGCGCUUCCCGCGCUACAUCUACAUGGCCAAGACCCUCUACGGCGACGCGGGAGAGCUCCUGGUGGAGGAGCUGCUACUCAACGGGCAGAUGCCACGCAGCGCCCUGGUCAGGAAGGUGGCCGACCGGCUGACCGACACCAUGGAGGAGGGAAAAACGAUGGACGACGGCGAAGUCUCGGCCACCUUUGUGCGCCUGGCCGACACUCGCUUUGUCCAGCGGUGCCCUUCGACCCCCAGCGAAAGCCAAGGCUCCGCCUCUUCUGAUGCCUCCACCUUCCUCGAGACUGACACCCACGCCCCCCAAAAAACCAACCUCGCGGGGAAAGGGAAACGGCGGCAUUCCGAUGGCGAAGCGGGGGAAGAGGAAGAGGAAGGCGAGAGGAAGGCCAAGCAGCCCAAGCAGGAGGCCAGCGCCAAGGAGACUCCUGCACCUGCACCUGAGGAAGUUAUCUACUGGCAGGUCAACCUGGACCGCUUCCACCAACACUUCCGGGACCAAGCUAUCGUCAGUGCCGUGGCCAACAGGAUGGACCAGACCAGCAGUGAAAUUGUGCGGACGAUGUUGCGCAUGAGCGAGGUCACCACCGCCCCCGGUGCCCCCUACACACAGCCGCUCUCCUCCAAUGAGAGCGUGGCCAACCUGAUGGAAAGGCGGCUCCACGAGACCAAGGAGAACCGGCGCCUUCUGGAGAAGUCCCAGCGGGUGGAGGCCAUCUUGGCUUCCUUGCAGUCGUCUGGGGGCGCCGAGGAGGCCCAGUUGCAGGAGAUCGAGGAGAUGAUCACGGCCCCUGAACGCCAGCAGCUGGAGGACCUCAAGCGCAACGUCCACAAGAUCGACGCCAGCGAAAACCAAGUGGACGAGACCAUCUUCAUCCUGGAGUCGUACAUCAACAGCACCGUCAAGCCUUGAAACGGACGUCUCUUCCGCCUUUAUUUUCACAAAUAAAUACAAUAUUUUGGUGCAAAGAAA